AAUAUGGCUGCCACGUUUGGAAGAUUAUUUUGAUUUAAGGCUAUUCUUUCCUACUUUUCUAAAUAAAAUGGAGUAUACAGGUAGCUCAUAUAGAGGUGAAUUACAGAAUGGGAGAAUGGAAGGUGAAGGUGAAUACACGCUUCCAGAAGCUCUGGGGUCAAAAUACGUUGGGGACAUGAAAGAUGGGAUGUUUCAUGGCUCUGGGACACUAUUAUUUGAUAAUGGUAGCAAAUACGUUGGGACAUGGGAAAAUGGCAUAGCAAUUGAGGGUCAAUUUACAUUUGCAGAUGGACUAAAAUAUGAGCCAACAGAUUGGAAAUACUGCGAUGGUUACGACAGAAGAUUUUAUACUGAAAUCUGUAAUGGUCUAAAACCUGCAGGUCGUUCUCAACUUACAAACGGUGUUCCCCCUCGCCAAAUUCCAGAGGGCUGUUACGAUUGUGGUGAUGGAUUUUAUAAUCCCGCUACACGAGUUGUAUUGGAUUAUCAGAAUAGAUUCUUACGUAAUGCAGAUGAUGAUGAACAUGCCUGGAUUGUAAAAACAUGUCGUAAAGGUUGGGAUGAAAAUAUUGGUUACACACCAAAUCCAAGCUUCAAGAAUCUCUCACAAUGACAUUUAUUUUUAUUCUGUUUGAAAACUGUAAAUAAAUUCAUAUUUAAAUAAACAAAUCAUAUAUGAAAAUGUGCUAUGG